GUCACGUCACUUUUAACGCAUCACGUUGUCAGACGAAACAAAAUCAGCCAAUGAGAUUUAGAGUUAACGCCCGUUUUAAACUUUCACAUCGAAAAUUAGCAUAUUCAGUCGCAGUCCACACACAGGAGGCUAGAGGGAGAGGCUGUGCACACAGCAGCGCGAUAGUGACGUCGCAGCAGGAUGAGUUAGAUCAGCAGCUGGUUGAGAUAAAGACCUAAAUGUGUGUUUUGGAUUUUUUUCAUCACAAGUCUGAGAGAAUAGAUGUUAUCGGAGGUUCCAUAUCUAACCCCGGGGGUUUGUGUCUUUCUAUCUAUGAUUUCAUGGUUCUCUUCGGUAUCUUCGGGCUUCUCUUCAUCUUUACACUCAGGACGGACUUAGUGCCUUUUAGCACGGCAGCACAGACGGGCGGUAAAGUCGUCGGGGCAUUUCAGCCAAUCGUGACAGCUCAGGGUGAUGAUGUCAUCCUGCCGUGUCACGUGGAGCCUCAGCUGGACGUGGAGGACAUGACGGUGGAGUGGUGGAGGCCAGACGUCCCCCCGGACCCUGCAGAUCCACUGAGCAACUACCGGUACGUCCACCGUUACCAUGACAAACAGCACGAGGAGGACAUGAAGAACCCGUCCUACGCUGGGAGGACGGAGAUGUUCCCCGACGGACUGAGACACGGGAACGUCUCUCUGAAGAUCAGGGACGUGAGGCGGUCUGACCGAGGACGAUACAGAUGUGAAGUCCCACAUCUGGCGAGUGAGGCAGUUAUUAUGCUUCAUGUUGGUGAGUUCUUUGAAACCUGGACGACGAAGAAGCCGCAUCUGAGUAAUCUUCCAACUCCAGGUCCAAACCACGAGACGGGUGAAGGUGGUCGUCACCACCUGAGCAUACCGAUCCUGUUUCCCUGCGUCGUACUGAUCCCGGUUGGAUGUUUAUGGUACUUCAACAGAGGAACCAGAACCAAACCACUACCAAUGGUUCUGGUUCAGGUCGUGGUUUAGGUGGGUGACGGCUGUGACGGUUCUUUCAAAACAACGAAGGCGGAUGGUGAUAGACUGAUGGUUCGUCCAAUAACGUUUCUGUUGGUACACGUGGCUGUGUCCAGCGUUACAGAGCUAUUUCAUAACUUUGAUUGUUACAAGUUGAUUUCUUACUGACGUACUGAUUGCUAAACCUGUGGUUUGAUUGACAGGUCGGCGCGUAGCCUUUGUCUUUUAAGAUAAAUAGAACCAUAAUUGUAUUGUGGAAGACUUGAAAGUCCAACUCAUUAUGAAAAUAAUAAUAGAGUGUUUUUGGAGGUGGUGACGUCGCCCCCUGCUGGAAAUAAGAUAUAAUUCAUCUUUAAGACACUUUGGCGUUGGUGUCUGAAGGUUGCUGAAGGCUACUUCACCUUAAAACACCAACGCACUGAACGACCUGCAGGCAUUAUAAUAAGUAUUUUACUCCAUAUUGCACUUUUGCCCCCUAGCCAGCAGGCUAAUGCUAGUGCAUUAAUGGCUAAUUAGCCGUUAAUGCACAAAGAAUAAGUUUGUCCAUAUAGAGUCUGUCUAGCUCAAACUACUCUUCUUUCUAAAUGAAUAUAUAGUUGUUUCUGAUUUUUCACAGUAGUAACAUUAACAAUAAAGCAUUUUCUAAACAGAAAAUCAGCUGUUACAGGGGAUUUUAAAACAUCAGCUGGUUUUAUUGCGUGAUUGCCUUAUUUAGUGACUUGAUCCAAUAAGUGCAUUACACCAUGAACUCAGGAAUCACUUAGAAGAACUUUGGCUUCAAAUGAGCCAAACUACAAUGUGCAAUUUGUUUUAAUAACCAUCAUCUUCUCAGCCAGAGUCAGAAGACAUGUGGUUUUAGGUAGAUGUGUCUUUCUGAUGUCCUGACGUCAACGGGGAGCUUGUUCCCCAUAAAGAGCCAAGAUGAUCAAACUUAUGCACUUUAUAAAUGAAUACACAUUUAGUUUUUUAGUUUUCUUUUAAACAGCUGUUAAAACUAACAGAAAAGCACUUUUUAGAACCAAACACUGACUUUACUUCUCAAUGCUCAAAUUAUAUUUUUAUUCUACAUUAUAAUGUAAUACAAUUUGAACAAAUAAACUGUAAAAAAUGGCCAUGUAUCAUGUUAAAUGGGGGGAUCACUGAAACAAUCUGUAGACACGACUAACUUUACAUACUGUAGGUUUCAGCCCCUCUCCCAUCACAUGCUUUAGUUUACUGGACAAUAUCAUAAUGACAGUAUCAGCACUGUUUACAUGCACGUAACAGUUGGUGCAUGUAACAGUUGGUGCAUGUAACAGCUGGUGCAUGUAACAGCUGGUGCAUGUAACAGCUGGUGCAUGUAACAGCUGGUGCAUGUAACAGCUGGUGCAUGUAACAGUUGGUGCACGUAACGGCUGAUACACGUAAUCAUACACAUUCCCUGGUUUGCAUGGCGGAGGCUUAUUAGUUGUGUCUCUGUGUGUUGUGCUGCCAUCUUGAGGAUAAAGUCUUUAAACCUGUGUGUGUGUGUGUGUGUGUGUGUGUGUGUGUGUGUGUGUGUGUGUGUGUGUGUGUGUGCAAAUGUGAAUCAUGCCACUCUUUUUUUGUGCUCACAUUUUAAAAAGGAAUGUCAAAUAUAUCUGCAAUGUAUUUAUAAAUAUAUCUAAUAUACAGGAUUUAAUGGCCAAUGUGAUUGAUGCUGUUACGGUUUUUAAAACACUUUAGGGAAAUGGCAAAUUUCUUUAUAUAGCGAAAGAAAGAAAGCAGAAUCUAUUUUAAUGUACAGAGCAGAGGCUGCCUGACACCAAGUAUUGUUUAAUUGAAGAUAUUCAACAAAGUUACUGCUAUUGAAAAAAAAACUUCUUUUAAGUUAACUUCUAAAAGAUUCUUUAAGUAGUAAAACCACGCGUUGCAUUUGUUACUUUUUGCUUUAUAUGUUGCACGUUUCCAGACCAAUAUCCAAAAUGGCCUUAAUCUAGUCAAUGUUUAUUUAACUUUACAUCUAUACAUAUUGUGUUGGGGGUUUCGGGAUGAAAACUGUCCCCAGAUAAUAAAUACAGUUAACUUCUCUGAAGUUUCCUAUAAAAAUGAAAUGCAAAAGCCAAAUAACUUCUACAAAUGUUAAGGAGAAAAUGUGUGUGAGUAUAGAUAUUACUUUAUACUCUUAAUAUGCUCUACCUGUCAUGUGUUUAUUCAUUUACAAUUUCUAUAUUUGAAUAACUGAAGGCAUCCAUUCAUUUUUUUUUUCGUUUUCUUUUCGUCCAAUUGUUUUGUGGGAUUUCCGUGUGUGUGGAGUGUGUUGUAUGCCUGUUUUAAAUAAUAAAAUGAUAAAUUAAAGUGAUCUGAUAAAUGUUUUGUCAGCAACACCAAGACCUGAAAUAAAAUGUAACAAUGAAGGAAAAUUACAAUUCACACUCUGUGUGUUGCUUCAAUUACACACACACACGCUCAGUACCUAUACAUGCACUAAUGGAGA